AUUUAUAACUUUAAUUUUUGGAAUUUGAGAUAUAAUAUUAAUAGAUAGUUAUUUUAAUAAUUGCUAAUUAAAGUUGCGUUUUUGUGAUUGAUUAUAUAGCGGUGUCGCCGUGUGCACGUGUAGAAUGUGGAAGACAUGAAUUUCGUUUGUGUAUGUUGUUGGUUCUUACUAGAGCUUAUCGUUUGCAAAGCGACUUUAGACAUUCCGUUAUUAAUUGUCGUAUCUUUCGAUGGGUUUCGCCAUGAUUACCUGACCAAAGCUCCUACACCCAAUUUCCAUAGGUUAAUAGAAGAAGGUGUACAGGGAAAAUGGAUGAAAAAUGCAUUUAUCACGAAAACUUUCCCCAAUCAUUUCACUAUAGCAACGGGAUUGUACGAAGAAUCUCACGGUAUUGUCGGUAACGAGAUGUUCGAUCCGGUUUUUAAUGAAACUUUCCAUCUUAAUAAUUCGGACCCGAAAUGGUGGGAUAAUGGACACGUAUUGCCUGUUUGGAUAGCCAACCAGUUAGCAAGUUCUCGCCGGCACAGUGGAUCCAUGAUGUGGCCCGGAGCGCACGUGAAAAUUCGUAAUCAGUCGGCACAUUACAAUUUACAAUAUAAUUACACGAUACCUUGGAAAGAAAGAGUUGAUAUUGCACUGUCGUGGUUAAUGAAUGAAUCUAGUCCAGCAAAUUGCCUCUUUUUAUAUUUUGAAGAACCGGAUGCAACAGGUCACCAGUAUGGUCCCGACUCAAAAGAAGUAAUAAAGGAAAUUAUCAAGGCAGACAAUAUAACAGGAUAUUUAAUAAAAAAAUUAGAAGAAUAUAACUUAUUUAAAAAAACAAAUCUAAUUAUUUUAAGUGAUCAUGGCAUGUCACAGGUGACAGCAGAACAUCAAAUUAAUAUGGACAAAAUAAUAGAUUCAGCUCUUUAUAAGAAAUUUGGAAAUUCCCCAGUUUGGAACAUUCUGCCAGAAAAAGGUCAUAAUCAGUAUGUGCUAGAGAAGUUAAGGAAUGGUUCAAGAAGUCAUAAAUAUACUAUUUACCAGAAAGAAGAAAUUCCAGAAAUUUUUCACUAUCGCAACAACCGCAGGGUCAUGCCAAUAUUGGCUGUGGCUGAUCUGGGAUGGGGCUUUAUUGUGGAGAAUGAAACUGUCAGUAAAGUGGGCAACAGAGAUUAA